GGAGGUGGAGAGGAGGAGGAGGAUGGCGGCGGAUAGCAGAGCAGGGAGACGGGCGGAGGAAUAACAACAUCAUGAUGAUGAUCUAACCCAGAACCGGUCUUUUUCGCAUUCGACAUCUGAUCUGGAAUAAAACAUGUAGCUCGGGGGAUAUAGAUAUAUUCGGGAGCUACUCAGAUUUUAUAGUGUUUUUUUUUUUUUUGUUUUUUUUUUGUUUAGUUUUUUCUCCUCCCCACGUAAAGGAUUAUCCUGGACUCUGUUCAUGUUGAGUUCAUGAGGUGUUUGGCUUAAUCCGUCACUAUGAGCAGCAGCAUAGGAAAAGAUAAGGACCCCAAGGAUAAAGACCCUAAGGGCCCCACUAUGGUCAAGGACCGUGAAAAGGAAGCCAAGGCCUCUGGGGGUCCUGUGAAGGAGAACAAAGACAAGGACCUUAAGACCAAAGUCAAAGAUGCCAAAGAAGGGAAGAAAGACGCAGGUGGGGCGCAGCCUGGCGUGGCUUUUUCUGUGGACAACACGAUAAAACGCCCCUCGGGCGUGUCUGGCAUGCGUAAAAAGGCCAGCAAUGCCGAGGUGAUAAAGGAACUGAACAAAUGCCGGGAAGAGAACUCAACUCGUUUGGACUUGGCCAAGAAGUCCAUUCACCAGCUCCCGGCCUCCAUCAAGGAGCUGACGCAACUGUCGGAACUUUAUUUAUACGGUAACAAGCUGCCCUCGCUGCCAGCGGAGGUGGGCAGCCUCGUGAACUUGGUGACGCUGGCGCUUAGUGAGAACUCUUUAACCAGCCUGCCAGACUCUCUGGAGAACCUGAAGAAGCUGCGGAUGCUGGACUUGCGGCAUAACAAGCUGCGGGAGAUCCCGGCCGUGGUGUACAAGCUGAGCUCCCUCACCACGCUCUUCUUGCGCUUCAAUCGUCUCACUACUGUGGAGAAAGACAUCAAAGCCCUGAGCAAGCUGACCAUGCUGAGCAUCCGGGAGAACAAGAUCAAGCAGCUGCCGGCAGAGAUCGGGGAGCUGUGUAAUCUCAUCACGCUGGACGUAGCCCACAAUCAGCUGGAACACCUUCCGAAAGAGAUCGGCAACUGCACCCAGAUCACCAACCUGGACCUGCAGCACAACGAGCUCCUGGACCUGCCAGAGACAAUAGGAAAUCUCUCCAGCCUGAACCGCCUCGGACUGCGAUACAACCGGCUAUCGGCGAUUCCGCGCUCGUUAGCGAAAUGCAGCGAACUGGACGAGCUGAACCUGGAGAAUAACAAUAUAUCCACUUUACCCGAGGGCCUCCUCUCCAGCCUGGUGAAGGUGACUAGCCUGACCCUGGCCCGGAACUGUUUCCAGUCUUACCCCGUGGGCGGCCCGUCCCAGUUUUCCACUAUUUACUCCCUCAAUAUGGAGCAUAAUCGCAUUAAUAAAAUCCCGUUUGGAAUCUUCUCCAGAGCGAAAGUAUUAAGCAAGCUGAACAUGAAGGACAAUCAGCUGACUUCUCUACCCCUGGACUUUGGGACGUGGACAAGCAUGGUGGAGCUGAACCUGGCUACUAACCAGCUGACCAAGAUCCCAGAGGAUGUGUCCGGCUUGGUCUCCAUUGAGGUCUUAAUCCUAUCAAACAAUCUAUUAAAAAAACUUCCACAUGGGAUCGGGAAUCUGCGCAAACUGAGGGAGCUGGACCUGGAGGAAAACAAACUGGAGUCGCUGCCCAAUGAGAUUGCCUAUCUGAAAGACCUGCAGAAACUGGUGCUGACAAACAACCAGCUGACAACUCUGCCGAGAGGCAUUGGCCACCUGACCAACCUGACGCACCUCGGUCUCGGGGAAAACCUCCUGACGCAUCUUCCAGAGGAGAUAGGUACAUUGGAGAACCUAGAGGAGCUGUAUCUGAACGACAACCCCAAUUUGCACGGCCUGCCCUUCGAGCUCGCCCUGUGCAGCAAGUUAUCAAUCAUGAGCAUCGAGAACUGUCCCCUCAGCCACCUCCCGCCGCAGAUCGUGGCCGGGGGCCCGUCCUUCAUCAUCCAGUUCCUGAAAAUGCAAGGUCCUUAUCGUGCCAUGGUCUAAACAUACCAGUCCCAUACACUGUACAAAGCGCAUCCAUGUCGUGUCGAUGUACAUACGUCUAUAUCCCAGGACGAGGCCGGACGAUAUAGAUGUGUAUGUUUAUAGAUAUAUAUAUAUAUGAAAUAUGUAUAUGUAAUGAAAAAGGCAAAUUUAAUAAGACUGCAUUCUGUGUUUUUGCUAAUAGAGGAAUCAUAGCCAUUUAGAUUUUUUUUUUAUUAUUAUUAUUAUGUAAGAAAAUAUCAAUUGCUUGUCUGAAUUUUUUUCCUUUGCUGAAUUUGGUGUAUUUUUUGUACAUAUAUAUAAAUAUAGAUAUAUUAUUUUUUUUUAAGGUCAUUGUUAUCUGAAUUUCCAGCACGGUUUUUAAGGGUCGCAGGUAUUAUUUUGCAGUGAUCGUCAGGAUUCUGUGUUACUAUUGGAGCUCAGUUUGUCAUGUGUUCAAAAACAUAUUUUUUUUCCAGAAAUUGCAACGGCCAAUGAAUUUUGAGUAAAUCUCUUCUUCCCUGUUGGGUCAUCGGCUUAUGAGCCUAGAUCUGCUGUAUGAGUUGUAUCUGCUCUAACUUAUUAUAUAAAUGUAUGUUUUUUUUCGUUACAUUGUUUAUAGUCUGGGUGAAUCACUGUAUUGUUUGACCACGAUUUGAGCUUUUUUGAAAUUGCUUCCUGUGGAGUCGGCUCAGUCUGUGAUUUACUUUUUUUUUUUCCUGUUUUAGUCUG